AUAUCCUGUUUCGUUGCCAUACUUAGCUUGAUAGCGGUCAGCUAAGCAGGUUGUAAACCUCUUUUUUCCCGUUAUUGUGGUCCUUGGCGACAUUUCCAAGUUGAUUAAAGGCAAAAAUCCAGAGUUGGUCCAAUCGCUAAGAGCGACACGCCACUGACAACAUGACUAAGCACGAGUUUGAGGUGGCGAUGACCUGCGAAGGAUGCUCCGGAGCCGUCACAAGAAUCCUCAACAAGCUUGGAGACGUGAAGUUUGAGAUCGACCUGCCCAGGAAGCUGGUUUGGAUCGAGUCCGACAGGGAUGUGGACGUUCUCAUGGAGACGCUGAAGAAAUGCGGAAAGGAAGUCAAGUACAACGGCACUAAAUGAAGGAGUCUGCUUCGUGCGUUCCACAGGUGACACGCUGCCGAUAACGGUGUUAAAGUCCACGUUCUGCUCCAUGUCCCUUUUUUAGCUUUUAUUGCCGCAUUUGCCUGUUAAGGAACAUUCGACAAAAGUCCGAACACACGUUUGAUGUUUCAGCAACUAUUCGUUUUGAAAGUUAGGAUUUGUUCGCUCACAUUGUUAAGCGUUAAAUGAUCUUUUCUUCCAGGAAAUUCUGCUGCUGUAAAGAAAAGAAUGAAGCUAGACUAGAAGCCAAUUAGCAGGAGCACCCAAAGGUGCCACGCCACAUCAACCCAGAUGCUUAAAAAAACGAUCUCUGAUGAACUUUCUCUGAUUGCCUGCAGUUUGGAGCACUUUCAGGUGGAGCUUAAAGAAUCUGUUACUGACUGUGGUAAACGUCCCCUUAAUCCUGCAAAACAAUCACGUUAGUCUCCCUGUAGAGCAGUUGAAGUACCUCUAUCUGUUUUAAUCAUGAACUAUUGGUUCUUUUUGCUUUCUUACAUCGACUCAGUUCUGCUGACAGCAAAUCUCGUCCUUCAAAGUGUCAUGGAGAAUGUCUAUCGUUAUGAUCUGGGGUGGAAGGCUCGCCAUCUGUUUGUUUGCUUUCCGGGACCACCAGCUUUUUCUUUAUUUUUUUACUCUACAGUACAUCACAUGGAUUAAGAUCCUCUGGAUUCUCUGACAGAUAUCUGUGUUUGUAGUUGGAUUCUGAGUUUUGUUACCACCUUCUCCUGGAUAAUAUUGAUUUCCAGUAUGUCUUAUCCACGCACAAUGGAAAUAAAAUCAGUGUGUAAAACCUGUC